AUGUCAAAAGCUAGACAACACUGGCGUCGUCGCGCUAAUCCAUCAUUCUAUAUGAUUACUAAUGAAGAAGUUGUCGAUAACCGUAGACAUUCAUCCAAUGUUGAUCCUGAUAGGAUACUUGGUGAUUUCACUAAUUUAUCUGAGCAAAGCGACGGUAGUAAAGACAGAAAUAAUUUCAUACGAAGUUCUGAACCUCAUCUAUCGAAAUCUAAUGAAUUAAUCAAAUUCGAAUCAGAAAAUAGUCUUGACCAAUCAAAAUUACCUAAGUAUAUGCCACAUUCCGAUACGACCACAACUUUAGCCAAUCGGAAUGAAGGAACAGAAUCUGAACAGUUAACCCUUCCAAAACAUUCACUAUCAUCUAGUCAAAUAAAUUAUAGUACUAAUAACCAAAAAAAUGAUAACAGCAACAAUAUUACUUCUAUUGAUCCUCCCUUAAGUAAUGCUUCACAGGAAUUACUUACUUUUGUUAGUAAUACUGAAAAUUGCAAUGUAAAUAAAUCAAUUCAGGAUAAUAGUGGCUGUACAAACUCUAAUACUAAUCAGCAAACUGAACCAUCACAGGCAAAGUGGAAUAUUUCGCAUAAUUUUCUUACACAUACACCCAGCAGAGUCCAUUUUACCUUUUCAAAAAGUAUUGAUGUUGAUGAUGAGAAUCAAACAUCUUUUCGGGGAUUAUUUAAUAAGACAUUUCGUCCAAAUUUACGACGAGCAGUGUCCGAAGUAAAAGAUGUUUAUAACCCAGACGAUACAGAAGGUUCACUAACUGAGCAACAGCCACAACAACAACAGCAACAGCAUCACUCACAUCGUAUUCAAAAUAAAUUUCAUCGUCAUCUCCAACAGCAGCUUCAUAAUAUAAAAUUAAUAUCACAUUCAGCAUCACGCAGUCACCAACAGUCCACUCUACAGUUGAAUUCACAUGCUGUUGCCAACCAACCAUAUUUACAACCUUACAGACUAAAUGAAUUCACAAACACAUUUGAACAAGUAUACAAUACUCCACAAAAGUUUGAUAGUAGUAUAUUAGAGAUACCGGUAGAUAUGUAUAGUGAAAGUAAGUCAGAUGAUGCAUUUUCAAAAAUAAAUUGGCCUUCUUGUGACUUUAGUCAAAUGGAUUCUGAGCAUUCUAUAAAUUCAGGCAGAAUACAUGAGAUGAAGGUUAGUGACACUUAUAGAGAACGAGAUUCACUACUGAACCGAAAUAUAAUUAAUAAUAAUGAAACAAAUACUACAGUGCAUUCUAUGCCACAAAGAACUAACCGUUUAAACGCAGUCAGACGAAUGAAUACAACUGCAACUGAACAGCAUCGACCAUUUAGUAAUAUUGAUCGCUUUAAUUUUAGGAAGCAAACGAAACAACAACCGAGCAGCUCGAAAACUGAAAAUAAUGCCAGUAUAAAUAAAAAAUAUACUCAUGGAACAUUAAGUCAGGAUAAUAUCAAUGCACCUGCAUCCAAACUUCUGGAUUCAUCUUCUUUAGAAUUUGGAUCCGAUUCCAUGCAGUCACGUCCAGUUGCAGCUACAACUCUUUACCGCUCUUCCUCAAGUGGCACACGUAAUCCCGAAUACAUAAACGAUAUUGAAUUUGAACAAUCUUCUAUUCGCACAGGAGUAGGAGUUUCUAACUCGCCUACAACAUUAGCUGAUAAGAGUACUGUUACGUCAAAUGUUAACAGCUACACAAUGGGAAUUCUUCAAAACAAUGCAACAUCCCCAACAUCGACAACAACAGUAAUUACUUCUUUAGCUAAUGGUACCGUAAAUGAACCAACUGUAGAUCUAUUAAAACAAAGUACAUCAAGUUAUUUAAAAGAACAAUUUCAAGCAUUUUUUCAACCAUCUGAUAAUAAAUUAGCUAUGAAAUUGUUUGGAAGUAAAAAUGCAUUGCUUAAAGAAAAACGACGUCAAGUGCAACAGGGGAAAUGGGUGAUACAUCCUUGUAGUAAUUUUAGGUUUUAUUGGGAUUUACUAAUGCUCAUGUUACUUAUUGCGAAUUUGAUAAUUUUGCCAGUAGCCAUAUCAUUUUUCAACGAUGACCUCAGUAUACAUUGGAUUAUAUUUAAUUCUAUAUCCGAUGUUGUAUUUAUUGCUGACAUAGCUGUAAAAUUUCGUACUGGUAUUGUCACAAAUGAUUAUGCUGAUGAAAUUAUUUUAAACCCUAAAGAAAUAGCACGUCAUUAUUUAAAAUCAUGGUUUGUAUUAGAUUUCAUCAGUUCGAUUCCAAUGGAUUACAUGUACCUAAUUUUUAACAAAAAAGAUCAUUAUAAUCAAUUUUUCAGUGCAGGGCGUACUUUGAGGAUUUUACGUUUGGCUAAAUUGUUAAGCAUGUUACGCUUAUUAAGACUUACUCGUUUGGUACGAUAUGUCAGUCAAUGGGAAGAAUUUCUAAAUAUUGCGAGCAAAUUUAUGGGAAUAUUCAAUUUGGUUUUAUUAAUGUUACUACUUGGACAUUGGAAUGCAUGUUUACAAUAUUUAAUUCCUAUGCUCAUGGAUUUUCCGCCAGAUUCAUGGGUGAAGCGCUGUAAACUAGAGAAUGCAGAUUGGUUCCAGCAGUAUACAUGGGCAUUAUUCAAAGCAAUGUCUCAUAUGCUUUCCAUUGGUUAUGGUCGUUUUCCACCUACCAGUAUUGGUGAAGCAUGGAUUACAAUUGUUAGCAUGAUGAGUGGCGCAACUUGUUAUGCAUUGUUUGUUGGUCAUGCUGCAGCAUUAAUUCAAUCAUUCGAUACGUCCAAAAGGCUUUAUAGGGAAAAGUUUAAACAAGUUGAAGAAUACAUGGCCUACCGUAAACUUCCAAGAGCAUUACGUCAAAGAAUAGCAAAUUAUUAUGAACAUCGAUAUCAGGGUAAGAUGUUCGAUGAGGCACAAAUAUUGAACGAGUUUUCCGAAUGUCUGAGAGAACAAGUUAUCAAUUACAAUUGUCGUGCCUUAGUUGCAGCUGUUCCAUUUUUUACAUAUGCUGAUCAAGAUUUUGUUUCUGAAGUUGUAACCAAAUUGAAAUUUGAAGUAUUUCAACCUGGUGAUUUAAUUAUUAAAGAAGGAACAAUUGGAAAUAAAAUGUAUUUUAUACAAGAAGGUAUUGUCGAUAUCAUAACUAAAGAUGGUGAAGUUGCAACAAGUCUUUCAGAUGGAUCAUAUUUUGGAGAAAUUACGUUAUUAACUAAUACACGUCGUACAGCCAGUGUUAAAGCUGUAGUCUAUUCCAAUCUGUAUUCACUGGAUCGAGAAAGUUUUCUAUCAGUAUUGGAAAAUUAUCCACUAAUGCGACGUACAAUGGAAUCAGUAGCAGCUGAACGAUUAAAUAAAAUUGGCCAAAAUCCAUCUAUUGUUAGUAAUCGUGAAGAUUUGAAAGAAGAUUUAAGUUUAGUUAAAGAAAUUGUCAGCUCAGCUGUUACACCAGAAGAUAGUUCCAGUGGACCUGAAACAGAAAAUGAAGAAAACCAAGCUCAUUUAAAUAUAAAACAAUUAUUAAAAUUUCGCAAACGUAAAUCAACUAAUCGUAAUAAACUAUUUGAUAAUACUGUAACGAAAUUAAGUCAAGCAAAUGAGGAAGAUGAAACAUCACUAGAUAAUGAACGUAAAUCUUCAUUUAUUGAAAUCACAUCAGUAGAUAAAUUGAAAUUGCCUAAAUUUAUGCGGCAAAAACGUAGUUCAUCAAAUUUUUUAACACAUCCAUCACAAAAUUUACUGAAUUUAUCAAAAUCUAAAAUUUUACAAGAUAGUUGCAGUGAACGCAAAACCAAUAAAAAUGGCAAAUCAGAUUCACAGCCACCAGAAAACAUUUUAAAUUCAUUGAAUAGUUCAGUGACAAAUGUAACGAAUUUGCAAUCCAGUGAUUUGAGUCCCAAAUGCACUACUAUCAGUAUUACUAACUAUAGUAAUACUGAAGAUACUGAUAAUAAUAAUAAUAUUAUCAGCAGUAAUACAGAUAGUACUCAAAGGCCAUCCUCAAGUGAAAUUUCAAAUGUAGAUUCUAGUAAACAUUAACAUAUAUAAUCAAUUAUCCUGUGCAUAUAUUUAUGUAUACAUUCAUUGGUUUUCAGUCUAACAAAUUACCAGAUUCAUUAUAAACAUAUAGGUGUUUUAGACCAUAACAGAUCUUCAUAGCUCAUUUUACAAACAUAUUCAAUUUAAUUCACUCCAUAAAAUAUAACGAAAAUGUAUAAAUGUAUAUGAAUCUGCAUACCAUAGAUUUUUGUAUUUUUCUGAAUCAAUUUUGGUUAAACAUUUAAAUAAUUAACAUACAUAUAAUAGUAGAAGACGUGUGAAAACAAGUCUAUGAGUACUUUUUUCUAUUCAGUUGUCACGAAUAACUCAUACCAACUGAUCAAAAUCAUUCAAUUAAUUUGUUAAAAACACUAUUACCAAACAGUAUA